GUCACAACGCGAGACUGAGGGCCCAUCACACUGGUUACGGACGUGCGCCCCUUACUGCCCUUUUUUUCCUAAUCACUCGCUUUUUCCAGGAAUACCUUCAAUUGUGUGUGGUGAAUGCUGCGUUGUCGGACUCGACGGCAGUCGACCCUUUCCUUUCCCCGUUAUCUCCAGAUUGUCUCACGCCUGGACCCUCCCCUCCCCAUUUGUCUCCCCUUCUGGUCACGGCUCACUCCUCACCACAACCUCCCUCCACUACAACAAUCCCCUCGCCCACCAUCCUUUCGCUACUGCCCAAACAUGUUUUCCGAGCUUCCGCCACCUCCCCCUCUGCCUCCAUCAAAGAGGCACCAGUUCCAGACUGCUGUCCAGACCACUAUCCCUUCGAGUCAAACCUCGAAAGGUCCCCAAUCAGGAAACCCUCCGAAACCUCUGAGCAGCUACAACUCGAAUCGUAAGGCCGAUACGGUGCCUGCACUCCCUCGAGCGAACCCAUACCAGAACUAUAAACCGAAGGAGUCGGUUGUUCGCGCUUUGAGCAAUAGCACCGCGUUUAUAGAGAACGAGCCACCCGCGGACCCUGUCACGCACCAGUCGCGCUACUUCCAGCCACAACCCGCCUCUUCACUAUCCGCGCUUCAUGAUGCUGUCUACUUCGAUGAGGAUGACUUUGAGAGCGAUGGGGACCUUAACUUUGACGAUUCCAUCACAAUAACCACCGCGCCAUCCACCGCUAGUGCCGGGGCACCCUCACUUCCAACCCAGGGAAUUAGUCUACCGCCUCCAAAGCCAAUCUCGGAGGAUAUUCAUCAUGGGGGUGCCCCUAGCAGCAGUGCUCCGGUCGAUUGGUCUUCCUCGCCCGCCGAACAUUUUGCGAAACCCGGAGGUGCUGUGUUUCGUGGUUCUAUAGGACGACCUAUAGCAAUUGAGGAGGAUUCUGAAGACGCUGUCGAGGAACCUCUGCCAAAAAAGCGGAAAAAUUUCCCCUGGGCCGGGGAUGAUAGUAGAGAAACUGCGAAUGAUCCGGAUGCUGUGGCCUCUUUAGGUCGGCCGGCCUCGCCAAAGGGACGAGCGCAACUAUGGGAUUCCACAGCAUCCGCUGUGAAGAAGGUUAACAGGAAGCGGCUUGAACAGAAACGCCCUUACUCCACCUCGUCGGCUGCGGAUGCUGCUCCAACUAAGACCAAAGCAACCAAGAAACAGAAGUUGAGGCUGAGUGAUGAGCAGAAUCAUGUUCUCGAUAUCGUGACAGAGGGUAGUGCCAAAGGGGUAUUUUUCACUGGUUCUGCUGGUCAGUUGAUAUGCCCCCCCAGUAUACCCUUGCAAUUUUUCUAUUCAUGGAUAGCAUUGCUAAUAUCGGGGCUAACGUUUACAUAUAGGUACGGGUAAAUCCGUUCUAUUGCGGGAGGUUAUUGCCGCGCUACGGGAAAAGUACAGAGAUACGAGGGAUGCCGUUGCCGUAACGGCUUCAACUGGCCUUGCGGCUUGCAACAUUGGCGGAGUCACUCUCCACAGCUUUGCUGGUAUCGGACUCGGAAAAGAGCCCGGCGAUGAGCUGGUCAAAAAGGUCCGGAAGAAUGCAAAAGCGAGGAAUCGAUGGCUGCGCACAAAGGUGCUUGUUAUCGAUGAGAUAUCUAUGGUUGAUGGCGAUCUGUUUGACAAGCUCGAGCGUAUUGCACGUGAAAUAAGGAUGGAGAGGACUACCCCUUUCGGGGGUAUUCAAGUGGUGAUAACCGGCGACUUCUUCCAGCUGCCCCCCGUACCGGAAUCGGGGAGGGUGGCAAAAUUUGCAUUCGAUGCCGACACCUGGCCCACCACCAUCGUGCAUACCAUUGGGCUCACUCAAGUCUUUCGGCAGCGAGAUCCCGGUAAGUUUCCACCCAAUCGCUCAAUUGCGCUUGGUAGCUUACAAAUGCCUCGCGCAGAAUUUGCCAAUAUUUUGAACGAAAUGAGGCUUGGCCGUCUGUCGGAUCCUUCCGCGACCUUCUUCCAGAAGCUUUCCCGUCGUUUACGGUAUGAUGAUGGUAUAGAGGCUACUGAGCUGUAAGGGAUCCUACAAUUAUAUUCCUGAUUGCGCAUUAUGAUUGACUUUUCCCAGGUUUCCUACGCGUUACGAGGUUGAUACGGCUAACCUCCUCAAGAUGAAGCAACUUAGCGGUCGAAGCCGCGUAUUUGAAGCUCUGGAUACUGGGACAGUUGUGGACAAGAACAUGCGUGACAAGCUUCUUAACAACUGUAUGGCUCCUCAGAGGAUUGAGCUCAAGAUCAACUCUCAGGUGAUGUUGAUCAAAAAUCAAGACGACACUCUUGUCAAUGGCUCACUCGGCCGCGUUGUCGGCUUCAUGAGUGAAGCCGAUUUUGAUGUGUACCGUGAGGAUCCGGACAGCCUUGGAUCGACAAUGGCAGAGCUCGAACAUGGAGAAGACCAUCGGCCCGAAGGGAGUGGGGGCCCGAAGGAAAUGGGGCCUAUCGUCACCGCAAACAAAUACCCACUCGUCCAAUUCGCUCUUCCAGAUGGCACAAGCCGACAACUCCUGGUCCAGCCCGAGGCUUGGAAGGUCGAGCUUCCCAACGGCGAGGUGCAAGCGCAGCGCAUCCAAAUACCGCUAAUCCUGGCAUGGGCCCUCUCAAUCCACAAAGCCCAGGGCCAGACUUUGGAGAGGGUUAAGGUGGACCUUGGCAAGGUAUUUGAAAAGGGCCAAGCAUACGUCGCUCUCAGUAGAGCCACAUGUCAGGAGGGUCUCGAAGUGCUCCGCUUCGACAGGCAAAAGGUUAUGGCGCAUGAAAAAGUCCGUGUUUUCUACAAUAGUCUAUUAUCUGCUCAGCAGGCCAAGGAGCGUGACAGGGAGCGGUCGCAGCUGAAGGUGCGUAGCGAAAGCGGUUCAUGGUCGGGAAGGGGGGAUAAGGGAAGGGGUUACGGUAGCGAUGACGCUGACGAUAGCUAUGAAGAGCCCGGACGGGCCAUGGGAUUGCGUGGGGCAUCGUAGGAAAUUGGUUACCAAAAGUUUUUUCUUCUUCUUUCUCUCCCCUUCUCGCAGCCCCGAUAUCACAUUUUUUCCAUUUUCCGCUUUUUUUCUUCUUCUCUCCUCCCUCUCUCCCUUUUGAUUCAUGUAGACCGGAGUAUAAAUUAUAUGGGUCAUUGAUUAAUUGAUUGGCUGAUUGGUCGCGGGCGGGCGGUGCACAUCUUGGGGAUUAAUUCCCAUGUUUGUUUUAUCAUCUGUGGUUGAACUUGCACCGGUCCGGUUGGUGGUUUUUUUUCCUUCCC